UUUUUUGUUCCUAAUACUAGUUAUGGUUAAUUCCUUGAAGUAAAUUAAUGCGCCAUUUGCAAAUCGCCCGAAAUAACUAUCUUGUUUGUCGAUUAGCAACAUCUUCUUGGAAUAGACUUAUUUUUAGUAUUAGCAGAUCGCCAGUCUAAGAAGCUAGUCACGUAACAUCAGAAGUUGAGCCAUGAAUGGACUGAAGCGCCAGCUGAAGAGAUUUGGUAGCAGUGAGUCACCACCUGUCAGAAUUUCAUCUUUUUAAUCCCAAAAUGCCUGGAAUGGUGGUUUUUGGUCGUCGCUGGGGAAUCGCCAGUGAUGACCUUGUUUUCCCUGGCUCAUUUGAACUGUUCGUCCGUGUAGUUUGGUGGAUUGGCACCUUGAUCCUGUACACCUACCACAAGGGUAAUUUUGAUUGCAACGGGAAAGGUGUUCUUCACAUCUACCUGGUUGGGCUGUUGGUGGUGCUGGCACUCAUCAUCAUGUCGCUGUGUGUCAUUGUUUAUGUCAGCGCUCAAGGUACCAUUACAAACCCUGGGGCACGGCGCUCCAUGCCUGCACUGAUGUACCUGCGAGCUCUCCUGUACAUCCCCGAGCUUGUGUGGGCCUGUCUGGGAGCUGUCUGGGUGUCCGAUGACGGCAAAGGUUGUGACCCGGCGACCGUGGGUGCUGUCAUCGCAGCAGUGGUUGCCAGUUGGAUCAUACUCCUCUUCACGGCUCUGGGUGUCGUAUUUGUCUUUGACCCACUGGGCAACCCCCGUCCCCUGCCUGCUGCCAUGGAGCCACUGGGAGUACGACACUUGGAGAGCAGCGGGGGAACUCAGUUCCUCUCCACAGCACGCUCAAUCGCCGUCAAGGUGUGGGAGAGCAGGAUUCGACUGUUGUGCUGUUGCCUGCCGCAGGACGAAAGCCACAGAGCAGCCUUCUCCAGCAUUUCACAGCUUGUCAGUGGAUUCUUCUCAGACACAGACUUGGUUCCCAGUGACAUUGCUGCCGGUUUGGCUUUACUGCAUCAGGAACAGGACAAGUUGGAGCGAAGCAGAGACCCCGAUGUCAUUGUCGAUCACAGUCCGUCCUCUCCCAUUGGAGAAGAUUUGGAGGCAGAGUUGGACAAAGCAGCCCACUGUAUGCAGUUUGCCGCCGCAGCCUAUGGCUGGCCUUUGUACGUUUACUCCAACCUUCUUACUGGGCCCUGCAAACUCAGCGGAGACUGCUGUAAGAGUCGCACAGCUGAGUAUGACAUUGUUGGGGGAGACCACCUUGGGUGUCACUUUUCCUCCAUCCUGCAAAGCACCGGAUUGCAGUACAGGGACUUCAUUUAUGUCAGCUUCCACAAUCAGAUAUAUGAGAUACCCUUCUUUGUGGCUUUGGAUCAUAAGCGGGAGGCGAUUUUAGUGGCUGUCAGAGGAACACUGUCACUGAAGGAUGUCCUGACAGACCUUUCAGCUGAAUGUGAGAACCUACCCAUAGACGGCGUGACUGGAGCCUGCUAUGCUCACAAGGGCAUCAGCCAGGCUGCAUCUUACAUCUACAGAAAGCUGGUCAACGAUGGAAUCCUGAACCAAGCUUUCUCCAUCGCACCAGAGUAUAGGCUGGUAAUCACUGGCCACAGUCUGGGUGCAGGUGCAGCAGCAGUGCUGGCCAUCCAAUUGCGCAACUCCUUCCCCACCCUGAAGUGCUACGCCUUUUCUCCACCAGGGGGACUCUUGAGCAAGGCCUUAACUGACUACUCCAAGGAUUUUGUGGUCUCCGUCGUUCUAGGAAAGGACCUGGUUCCACGAUUGAGUCUUCCCAAUAUGGAGGAUCUGAAACGAAAAAUACUCAAGAUAGUCUCAAACUGCAAUAAACCCAAAUACCGCAUCCUGCUGAAGGGAUGCUGGUAUGAACUGUUUGGUGGAGACCCAGACGACUUCCCUUCCGAGAUGGAGAACAAAAGGGAGCAGGAGCUCAGUCAGCCACUUCUUGGCGAGGAAUCACUUUUGAUCCGCCAUUCGUCGUCCUAUCAGAGCUUGGCGUCGGACGACUCACCUGUCCACACUGCGACGCACUUACCUCUCUUCCUGCCCGGCCGUGUUCUGCAUAUCAUCGAAGACGGGCCGACACGCAGAUCCUGUAUAUCCCAGGUUCGUUACCGUGCUGAGUGGUCCAAUGAAAUGGCAUUCCGCAGUAUUUUAAUCAGUCCGAGGAUGCUUGCGGAUCACAUGCCUGACAUUGUGCUGCGAGCUCUCAACAGUCUGACCGGCGACAAGCCCUACUCCCUUGGCCAGCACAACGUUGUCUGAAUGUACCACACAAACAGGCCUGUCUCUGCUUCCAGACUUGACUCAAACAUUUAACCCCAUUCAGUUUGUAAAGAUGUGUGUGUGUGUGUGUUUUUUUUUUUAAACAUGCUCAUGCUCUCUGUGCCCCAUCAUGCCCAUUUUUUACCAGCAAACUUUGGAAACUCCACUGUAGUUGGUGCAUUUAACCACAUAGGGGUUCUUUUUUAUGUUGCACUUUUAAUUAUUUGAUUUAAAUAAUGCUACAUUUCCAUGUCUUGUGUUGCUCUGUGAGUCGUGAUGGCAUGAUCUUUGAAUGUGCAUUGUGUACAAUAUUUGACUGUGUAUUAAUGUGUGUUUGUUUGUGGUGUAUUGCCGCUGGAGGCUGGCUGCCCCCACCCUCUGCUCAUUCAAAGUGACUUCCUUGUUGGUUGGGAAUGAUCAUGGAUGAGAAGUUAGUAGGCGUAAUGUAUACCUGAAAAUGUGUCUUUGUACAGAAGUCAGGAUUGGUGUUGUCCUGUUCAGGAUGAACAGUGCCUAAGCGUUAUGAGAAAGUGAGUCAAUGGGAUUGUUUGUACAGACAAAAGGCUGCGGAACUUUCAGUUUGUUGACACAAACAGGAGAAAUUGUACUAAAUCAUCUUUGAAACUGACAUGCCAUGGGUUUUUUAGACCCAAAGAAAAAACAUGCAGUAUUAAAGUUUGAAUUUUACAUUAUAAACAUCAUGCAUUGAAGCAAAUAAAUGCUUUUGUCCAUUGUAGUCUGUACCAU